AUGUAUGUGAUUUUCGCAUACAUCUUCAGCGGGUUGGCAAUCUACUUGCUUCUGCAAGAGACGAACAAGGUCAUCCGUACCCGUCAAAGGUAUCUCGGAAGUCAGACCAGCACCACAGAUCGGACGAUUCGUCUCUCAGGGAUUCCGAAGGAAAUGAGAUCGGAGGACAAUAUCAAGGAGUUUAUCGAAGGCCUACAAAUCGGAAAGGUCGAGAACGUCACCCUGUGUCGUGACUGGCGUGAAUUGGAUGGCUUGAUCGAUGAGCGACUUAGCGUACUGCGGAAUCUCGAACGGGCGUGGACCAAAUAUCUGGGAUACAAGCGACCAAGCAGAGGUAAUGGGGACGUUAUGCCCCUGACAUGGCAACAGGCAGGUGGCUCCAGCUUGAUUUUGGACGACGACAAUGAGCGGACCCAACUUCUACCGGACAGUGCUCGAGAACGCACUACUAAUAGGAAGCGGCCGACAGAGCGUAUCUGGUAUGGCCCGCUAAACCUGCGCUACCGCAAUAUCGAUGCGAUUGAUUACUUUGAAGAAAAGCUGCGAAAUCUGGACGAUACGAUUCUGACUGCCCGUCGCAAGAAGUAUAAGCCAACUGGACUGGCAUUCGUGACUAUGGAGUCUAUCGCCGCCUCGCAGAUGGUUGUCCAGGCGAUUCUCGAUCCCCAUCCGAUGCAACUGUUCGCCAGACUUGCUCCUGCGCCGGCUGAUGUCGUGUGGAAGAAUACGUAUGUGUCGCGUGCGAGACGGAUGAUGCAGUCGUGGUCCAUCACGAUAGUCAUUGCGUUCUUCACAAUCUUCUGGUCGGUGCUUUUGAUUCCCGUCGCCUAUUUGCUGGAAUUGGAGACUCUGCAUAAGGUGUUCCCUCAGCUGGCGGAUGCUCUUGCUCGGAACCCGUUGGCCAAGUCACUGGUCCAAACUGGUCUCCCUACCUUGGCUUUGUCGCUGUUGACAGUUGCCGUGCCGUAUUUGUAUACCUGGCUUUCUCAUCAUCAGGGUAUGAUGUCCGGUGGAGAUAUUGAGUUGUCGGUGAUCUCGAAGAACUUCUUCUUCUCGUUCUUCAACCUUUUCCUCGUUUUCACUGUCUUCGGUACUGCGUCGACUUUCUACGGCUUCUGGGAGAAUCUCCGUGAUGCGUUCAAGGAUGCCACGACCAUUGCGUUUGCGUUGGCCAGAUCACUGGAAUCAUUUGCUCCGUUCUACAUCAAUUUCUUGGCCUUGCAGAGUCUGGGCUUGUUUCCAUUCCGGCUUCUCGAAUUUGGCAGCGUUGCCAUGUAUCCAAUCAACUUUUUCUAUGCCAAAACACCACGGGAGUAUGCUGAACUGACGACGCCGCCCACGUUCAGCUAUGGGUUUUCCAUUCCACAGACAAUUUUCAUCCUGAUCAUCUGUGUGGUGUACAGUGUUUUCCCGAGCUCAUGGCUCAUUUGUCUGUUCGGACUGGUAUAUUUCACAAUCGGCAAGUUCAUUUACAAAUACCAGCUCCUGUACGCAAUGGACCACCAGCAACAUUCGACCGGACGCGCCUGGCCCAUGAUCUGCAGCCGCGUAUUCGUGGGCUUGAUGGUCUUCCAGCUCGCAGUGAUCGGUGUGCUCGCCCUGAGCAAAGCCGUCACUCGCUCGUUGCUCCUCGUGCCCUUGCUCGGCGGAACCGUCUGGUUCUCAUACUGGUUCAGCCGGUCCUAUGAACCAUUGAUGAAAUUCAUCGCUCUGAAAAGCAUCGACCGAAACCGCCCAGGAGGCGGAGAUAUCUCUCCCUCGCCGUCUGCUACUUUCUCGCCCCCGUCGGGUCUUGAGCGUGAUGCACUGCCUAUUCGUGUCGGUGGACAGGAGUUGGGUUUGAAAUUGAGUAAAUAUGUGAACCCGAGUUUGAUUCUGCCGCUGCAUGAUGCGUGGCUGCCGGGACGGAGUGCGGCGCCGGACUUUUCGGGGGCUUUUGCGGGUUAUGAGGCGACGAAUGGAAGUAGUGAAUCUGUUUGA